CAACACUAUUUUCCGUCGUGUUGACGGAGGUCUCGCGUUAUUUAAGUAGCUCGCAGCUAGCUGCCGUUCUCGGCUGCUCAACACUGUCCAACAAGUUUCUCCCCUACAACGAAACAUUGUUGCUGUUGUUUCUAUUUUUGGUUAGAUAAACUUUUUGCUUUGAGUGCCGACUUUGGCAAAUCUCCAGCUGAGUUCGCAUCCGUUCCUGUACACUGGCGGCGGACGGCUGCGGCACGUCAAUGAAGAUGUCCCUGGUGCAGCGAGUGUUCCUGUCGUGGAUUUUUAGUCUCAUCUUCCUCAUCAUGCUGGUCCUCAAGCUGGACGCUAAGUUGCACUGGAACUGGUUUCUCAUUUUCCUCCCCGUGUGGACGCUGGACACCAUACUUGUCCUCUUAUUGAUGGUCAAUCUGGUCGGUCGGUGCAAGGCCAAUGCGGAGCAGCGCGAAGGCGACCCUGGUGCGGCCCGCCGGCUGUGGUACCUGGCGGCCAUGGGGCUCAAGGUGGGCUUCUGCCUGAGCUUGUGCACCCGCCUGGAGAGGCUGACUGACGUGUGGCUCAGUGUGGUAUGUGUGCCCCUCUGGGUCCUCCUGGGGGGCGCCCUGGUGGAGCUGGGACGCAGCGUCUUCCGUCCACGCAGGAACUGAACUUAAGCAUUCUCCUUGCAUGCAUUUUUCAUUUUCUUUCUUACCAUUGAUGACUCCAACAGACUGAUUAGUUUUUUUUUUUUUUUUUUAUAUAUACUAAGGUUCAAUUUUCUUAUUUAAAUGCUUAUUCUCUAUGGUCACAAUGGUUAGAAAUAUUUUGAAUAAAUACCCGUGUGUGGUGAUUUGUUGGAAGAACACUGAGCACUUUGCAGAGCACUACUAGGACUGUAUUGCAGCUGUUUCUUUUUAUGCAUGUCAUUAGCUAAGUCUACACUAAUGAGAUAUCCAUAUAAAGGAGGAAAAGCAGUUUGAAUAUUUGGAGUUGUCAUAUUUAUUAAUUAGCAAUACACACGUGUGAUGUAGUAGGGCUGCACCUAAGACAGGCUAGAUUGGCGCCCUUGAGGACCAGACCAGACUUGGUGACCCCUGGUGUAAACACAUUCUUGUAUGUUGGCUUUUGUAUUUGUGUGAAUGCACUGGAAACCAUAAUCUUGUUAAACAAGUGUGGUGCAAAGAAAAAUCACUGAAUUCAAUGUUCAAACUGUGAAUGUUGCGAUAGCUUAGUGUUUUUUUAAACGCGGUCGAUUUGUUAAAGGGUUAAAUUGAA